AUGGGAGAAGACAAGAGGCGCGCAGGACCACAAACAACGGCCGAAGCCUGGUCAGGCUGGGAAUCAGACGCUCAUGUGUCCUCGCGUAUUGCCCGCGUUGAUAAGGCCUCGGCACAGCAAUCUACACUGGUAGCGCGGCAAAGCUAUGACACGACUACGACUAAAAGCGGUCAUGGCGCGAGCGAGAGAGAAGUAGUUGACGCCGCCACGAUUCUCGAGUUCCUAGCAUGGGGCAGAUGCAAGCAAGUCGACUACUUGUCUGCACUCCCCACCUGCUCAGAGGAUGUAGCGGCCACCAACAUCCGAUCAUCUGGGACUUCCGAAGCCAUGUCAGCAUGGCCAAGCCCAGAUAGCUACGCAACGUCCAGCAGUCCUCUACUGCAUCUUCAGAUUCUGCUCCCAGAUCGCGAGAAGACGUUCGAUUUGGUGAAAUAUCAUGUUGACUGUCUACUAUGGUGCCACUGCUCGUUCCACGGCUCAACCUUUCUGCAUCAGCUCGAACGCUUCUAUAGCGAUCACGAUGGCCAAGUCGAGGAAGCUGAGAUACAGUGGGUUGCUUUACUCUUCGCAGUACUAGCUGCUAGUAUCUCUUGUGGCAACCGUAGCGUCGUGGCUGCUUGGGGCUUUAGAUCGGCUGAGCAGUCCACGCUAUCUCAAAAAUGGUUUGAGGCUGCGAGAACCUGUCUCAACGCUGGGCACUACAUGACUAACCUCUCCAUGGUCUCAUGUCAGACGAUAGCGACGUUGACUAUGUCUGCGCAUCUCCUUGGCCACUCGGACGAGCAGGCCAUAUUGCUUGCUUGCGCAACACGAAUCGCCCAAAGUCUCGGCCUACACCGUCUGGACAGUACUCGUGAACGCUCUAUUGAAGUGGAGACCGGCCGCCGACUCUGGUGUCAGCUUUGUACCCAAGACUGGUUCGCCAUUGCCUUCACGGAGUGUUAUUUGAUCUCACCACUGCACACGAAGUCAGCAGCGCCAUCGCAUUGUGAUGACGAUACGAUGCAGCCUGUUGAACCUCACGAGCCCACGAUCUCAAGUUACUGUCGGUUCUUGAACUCGAUCGCAGAGCUCAUGCCGCCUUUGCAGGACGAUAUCGAAGCGUCUAACACUCUCUUCACCAAGUACGAGAAGGUUCUUGCGGUGGACAAGAGUAUGCGCCAGUUAGCGAUGCAGACCAGACCUUCGUACUUCGGCAAUAUACGACCCGACAAUGAUUGGCCAAGGUACAUAACUUGGGCCAGAAGAGCUGCAGCCAUCAGUAGUAGCCACAAGAUCAUUAUGAUCCACAGGAAGUUUCUCUCUAUGAGCUACACCAGUUUGGCAUUCGCUUUCACUCGCCGAACAUGCAUCGCGGCAUCGAAAACGAUCUUGAAAGAAUUCCGGCAAGCUCUGUUGGAAGAUGGUCCUGUUCUGUGGAUCUAUCACGCUUUCGCUGUAGCGGCCGCCAUCACUCUAAGUCUGGACAUUCUGCACUCGGACUCCCGCGACGCAUCAUCGGCGGAGCACGAAGAACUCAUCAUCGAAGCAAUUACAAAUCUGCGCAAUGUCACCAACAGCAAGAUUGCGAAUCGUGGAGCGGUCUUGCUCGAAAGUCUUGUAAAAACUGUCCAGGCUACUAAAGCUGCCAGGAAACCAGCUUCGAACGAGAAACGGCCGUACUUGCAUACCGAGUAUGACUCGCCAGUCUCUAAGCGUCACAAGACCGGAGAUAUAGGUAAGGUGCUGCAGGACCUACAAGACAGCUCUCGAACCACGUGGACCGGGUCGCGAUGGCCAGACCCACCAAAUAAUACCAGCAUGCCUCCACUCGAUGAGGUGAGUUCCUCGUCUACGAUUGCGACAUUCACUACUGCCUCACAAACCUGUCCGCAGUCGGUCGUCAAUCCGAACAGAUCGUAUGAUGCUGGGACCUUCGCAGAGGUCGAAGGUAUUUUUGCGAGUUUGAACGCCAGCUUUGCUGGUACAAAGGGUGACGCAUUUGGGACUCUUCUGAACAUGUCACACAACUACAGCUAUGCGUAG